CGCUAUUUCAUCAUGCACCGGGCGGGCCGCGCGCCGCUUCCGUAGCAGCCCUGCGCACCGCCUAGGCGGCGUGCUCAUGCCCUGUCUGCUCCCCACGCUGCUCAGAGCCACCCGCGCUGCGCUGCUGUUGCUGUCGCCGCCCCGAGUGGUCGCAGCGUCCGCGUCUCAGCGGCUCCUCAGCGCUCCCGCGCAGCCCGCCGCCUCCCGGAGCAGCAUGGACAGCGCGGAGGAGCUGCUGGCCCCACUGCGGCUAGCCGUGCGCCAGCAGGGAGACUUUGUACGGAAGUUAAAAGAAGAUAAAGCCCCACAAGUGGAUGUGGACAGAGCAGUAGCUGAGCUCAAGGCCCGGAAGAGGGUUCUGGAAGCAAAGGAGCUGGCAUUGCAGCCCAAAGAUGACAUCGUAGAUAGAGCAAAAAUGGAGGAUACAUUGAAGAGGAGGUUUUUCUAUGAUCAAGCUUUUGCUAUUUAUGGAGGUGUCAGUGGAUUGUACGACUUUGGGCCGGUAGGAUGUGCUUUGAAGAACAAUAUCAUCCAGACCUGGAGGCAGCACUUUAUCCAAGAGGAGCAGAUCCUGGAAAUUGACUGCACCAUGCUCACCCCUGAACCAGUUUUAAAGACCUCUGGCCACGUAGACAAAUUUGCUGACUUCAUGGUGAAGGACGUGAAGAAUGGAGAGUGCUUCCGCGCAGACCACCUGUUGAAAGCUCAUUUACAGAAACUGAUGUCAGAUAAGAAGUGCUCUGCUGAGAAGAAAUCAGAGAUGGAAAGUGUCUUGGCCCAGCUUGAUAACUAUGGACAACAAGAACUUGGGGAUCUUUUUGUGAACUAUAAUGUAAAAUCUCCCACCACUGGCAAUGACCUGUCCCCUCCGGUACCUUUUAACUUAAUGUUCCAGACCUUCAUCGGGCCUGGAGGAAAUAUGCCUGGAUAUCUGAGACCAGAAACUGCACAGGGAAUUUUCCUCAAUUUCAAACGACUUUUGGAAUUCAACCAAGGGAAAUUGCCUUUUGCUGCUGCCCAGAUUGGAAACUCCUUCAGAAAUGAGAUCUCGCCUCGGUCUGGAUUGAUCCGAGUCAGGGAAUUCACAAUGGCAGAGAUUGAGCACUUUGUAGAUCCCACUGAGAAAGACCAUCCCAAGUUCCAGAGCGUGGCCGACCUCUGCCUUUAUUUGUACUCAGCAAAAGCCCAGGUCACUGGACAGUCUGCUCGGAAGAUGCGUCUGGGAGAUGCUGUUGAACAGGGUGUGAUUAAUAACUCAGUAUUAGGCUAUUUUAUUGGCCGAAUCUACCUCUACCUCACGAAGGUUGGAAUAUCUCCUGAAAAACUCCGCUUCCGACAGCAUAUGGAGAAUGAAAUGGCCCAUUAUGCCUGCGACUGCUGGGAUGCCGAGUCCAAAACGUCCUAUGGCUGGAUUGAGAUUGUUGGAUGUGCUGACCGUUCCUGCUACGACCUCUCCUGCCAUGCUCGAGCCACCAAAGUUCCUCUAGUAGCUGAGAAACCCCUCAAAGAACCCAAAACAGUUAACGUUGUACAGUUUGAGCCCAACAAGGGAGCCGUGGGCAAGGCGUACAAGAAAGAUGCAAAGCUGGUGCUGGAGUACCUCAGUGCCUGUGAUGAAUGCUACAUUUCAGAGAUGGAGCUGCUGCUGAAUGAGAAAGGGGAAUUCACUAUUGAAACUGAAGGAAAAACAUUUCAGUUAACAAAAGACAUGGUCAAUGUGAAGAGAUUCCAGAAAACACUACAUGUGGAAGAAGUUGUGCCGAGUGUAAUUGAGCCCUCCUUUGGCCUGGGCAGGAUCAUGUAUACCAUAUUGGAACACACAUUCCAUGUCCGAGAGGGAGAUGAACAGAGAACGUUUUUCAGUUUCCCUGCUGUGGUUGCUCCAUUCAAAUGUUCUGUCCUUCCACUGAGCCAGAACCAAGAGUUUAUGCCAUUUGUCAAGGAAUUAUCGGAAGCUCUGACCAGGAAUGGCGUGUCUCAUAAAGUAGAUGAUUCCUCUGGGUCUAUUGGAAGGCGUUAUGCAAGAACUGAUGAGAUUGGCGUGGCUUUUGGCAUCACCAUUGACUUUGAUACAGUGAACAAGACCCCCCACACUGCAACUCUGAGGGACCGAGACUCCAUGAGACAGAUAAGGGCAGAGGUCUCUGAGCUGCCCAGUGUGGUCCGUGAUCUGGCCAACGGCAAUAUCACCUGGGCUGACGUGGAGACCAGGUACCCGCUCUUUGAAGGGCAAGAGACUGGCAAGAAGGAGACAGUAGAGGAAUGAGAACAGCUGGCAACUUGUGACCACCCGUGCUAAUAAAUAACUCAUCAUGUCCACUACACAAAACAUUGUGACUGCUUCCAGGGACUAUUUUUCCUCAGUGGCUGCUUGAUUUUACCCCACAAUUAAAGUUGAAGGAAUUCUGAACAAAUUUAUAAUCUA